GCCGCUGGCCAUGAACAAGUCGCUGCCGAGCCUGCCGCAGAAGAAGCAGAAGCAAAAACAUGUGUUUGCCACGGCCAUUUACGACUAUCACCCGCAGGUCAGCGGCGAUUUGCGCUUCUCUGCGGGCGACCGCAUUCUCGUCAAGGAGCGCAUCAACGACGACUGGUGGGCUGGCGAGGUUGUCACCAUUGGCGAGGACUCGGUGCAGGAUGGGCUUACGGGUAUGUUCCCGCGGAGCCACGUCCACGUCGAGUCUUGGUAAAAAAAA